AUGUCCAACCCCUAUUUUGAUAUUGAAUACGCCACGGCCGGCGGCCAGGUGGAAAAUUGGGGCCGCAUCGAGUUCAAACUCUAUGACGACGUCGUCCCCAAGACCGCGACCAACUUCCGCACCCUAGCCACGGGCGAAAAGGGCUUCGGCUACGCAGGCUCUGCUUUUCACCGCGUAAUUUCCGGAUUCAUGGCCCAGGGUGGUGACUUUACUCGCGGAAAUGGCACGGGCGGCAAGUCCAUCUACGGUGAGAAGUUCGCGGAUGAGAACUUCCAGAUUAAGCAUACCAAGGGCGGUUUACUCUCCAUGGCGAAUGCUGGACCCAACACCAAUGGUUCUCAAUUCUUCAUUACUUUUGUGAAAACCCCCCACUUGGAUGGAAAGCAUGUUGUCUUCGGAGAAGUUGUUUCCGGUCUGGAUAUUCUCCAGAAGAUGGAGAGCAAGAGCUUAGAUCGGUCUGGAAAGACUGACGGUACCAUUAAGAUUGCUGCUUCGGGAACAGUCUAG